UUCUAUAUUACAGUGGAUUUGGAUCUGGUUGAAGUCUCUCUCUCUUUCUCUGCGUCUCUCCCGCUCGCAAAGUCCUCCAUAUGGGCUUCCAUACUCACUGGCUCUGCCCAGUCCCACCGAGGUUUCCAUCUUCUCCUUGGUUUCUAUACUCUCUGCCACAAUGAAACAGUCACUUCCUUAGCCUUCCUUCCCAAAUACAAGCUUCAAUAGAAAAUUUUGACCAAUGAUAGCUCUGAUUGGUCAUUGUUGGUCAGCGAUGGUGCUUUGUAGAAGCCUGAUCUGGGUUUGUGUGUGACAGAAGCUCCAUCGUCACGGUGCGAAAUUCUGUACUCCUUCUAGUCUUUCUUAGACUGGAAUUACAUUUCUCUAUGUGGAAGAGAAUUGAGAUCGUGAUAGCUCUGUAAUUGUGAAAAUUAGUUUGAAGAUUUGAUUUUUUUUUCUUUCUUGGCGAAAAUAUGAUAUCUUCGGGGAUAAAUUUGGUGAUGACGGUGAUUGGGUUCGCGGUGAGCACCAUGUUCAUCGUGUUUGUGUGCACGCGCCUUGUUUGCGCUCGGAUUCACUUGAAUGUUUCCAGGCGCUCCUUUCUUAUCGCUUCCAGAUCCGAUCUCAGUAUUCUAGAGCGAGGCUUACAUGGUCUUGAACCUGUAGUUGUAGCGAAUUUUCCUACAAAGAAAUAUAGUGAUGAAUUUCUCUCCGUUGCAGAAGAUGCUCAAUGCACAGUUUGCCUUGCAGAAUUCCGUGGUGAAGAUAUUUUGCGGAUCCUUCCCUACUGUGGGCACUCCUUCCAUGUGACUUGCAUAGACAUAUGGCUACAGCAACAUUCAACCUGUCCUGUUUGUCGGAUAUCAUUGCGUGAGUUUCCUGAGAGAAAACGCAUAAUGCAACCCUUGUUCAGUUCAGUUUUUCGAUCUCCUUACAGUGUGGAGUCCUUGAACUCUGAUUCAUAUCACUGUAUGGCGAGUGGUAACAGAUUUCCACUGAGCACCCAUGGCAACCAUGGGAUGGACCCCAUUCAAGAGGAUCAUUGUACGCCGGAGGUUGUUAGUGCAGAAGCUGGGGUGCAUGUCUCCCCGUUCAGCGAUGAUAAUCAGGCAAUGAAAGACUCAAAAACCAAGCAUGUCGAAAGCCCAUCAAAUCACUAAACUGUGUCUAUUUCUGGGAAUCUAAGCUGCACUCAUUAGCAGGACGAAUUAUUCAGAGAUUCAGAAAAUGCCCAAAUAAUCGGAAUUGAAUCCACUGGAACUGUAAUAAGUAGAUUAUUUUCUCGUGGCUUAAUGUGUAUAUUGCAAAGAUGAUUUGCUUCUCCUUUCUCACUUCUCCCUUUGACAGUGGCUAGCAAUGGCAGUUUUGUAAGUUCGGUUGUAUAACUAGAAUGGAUAGGUUAAUGUGAAUCGCACCCUUGAUAAUUGCA